AUGAAUGUAACAAUAUUAAUAAAUGUUAAAAAUGGACCAUCCGAAUGGUUUCGUAUAUUUCUUAUUGUAAUUUUUAUAAUUAUUCUUAUAGUUGGUCUAAUUGGUAAUAGUUUUGUUGUAUUAUCAAUUAUAACAAAUCAUAUAGAAAUUCGUUGUUCAUCAACAAAUCUUCUUCUUGUAAAUAUGUCAUGUGCAGAUUUAAUUAUACUUAUUUUUAAUAUAUUUGAUGUUGUCCAAUUCUCAUUUGAUCAUUUCUGGCCUACUGCUUGGUAUCUUGGUUUAUCAUUUUGUAAAAUAGUUCGUUUUGCACAAGUAUUUGGUUGUUAUGUUAGUGUACAAACAUUACUUAUUAUUAGUAUUGAAAGAUAUAUUUCAAUAAUUUAUCCAAUUAAAAUAUCUCGAAUUAAUUAUCGUAAACGUCUUUGUUUAAUAUUUAUUUUAAUUUGGUCGUGUGGAUCCAUAAUGGCUUUACCAAAUCUUUAUUUACUUGAAUUACAUCCAUUUUAUAAUCGUCCACAGCAUUUUAUAUGUGGUUUAUCUGAUCAUUGGACUGAUUCACAUUUAAUUAUAUUUUAUAAAUAUGCAGAAUUGAUUCUUUUCUUCUUUUUACCGGCUCUUAUACAAGUAAGUUUAUUGCUAAUACUUAUUAUUUUACAUCAAAAUAGUUAUCUUUUGACAAAUACUCGAAUUAAAAAUUCAAUAGUACUGAGUUAUGUUGAUCGAAGAAAUUUACUUUUUUGA